GUGAUCUUUGAAGUGAAUAGGUUAAAUUAGUUAUAAUAAUUUACUUAAGUUAUAAUUUCAUUACGAAAUAUACCGGUAUUGGCUAUUGUAAAAUUAUGCCACUAAGUCACUUUCUUUACGAGUGAAGUUUAUUCUAUGUAGUACCCAAAAAUUACUAUUAUAUCACUCCAAUUAUCCUUCUGUAUAAUUUAAAUGAAAUAACUGAACAAUGCGAAAAGUCAACGAAAAGGCAAUGAAGAAUAUUAAUAAUUACGCAUCCAAUGAUUAUGUGGAUGCCUUUAGUUAUAUAAAUGAAAGGCCAGUAGAUGACAUAUCACUGGAAUUUUUUUAUAAACCCCACACGAUAACUCUUUUGGCAGUUUCUAUUGCUACUGUCAUCUAUACUGCCUUUGUAAGAGAUGAAUCUACAAUACAAGACAAUAUCUGGUCUGGCACCUGCUGUGUCGUUUUCUUCUUCCUCAUUAUAUCCGUUCUAACCUUUCCCAAUGGACCUUUUACAAGACCACAUCCAGCAGUUUGGAGAAUUGUAUUUGGAGCUUCAGUACUUUAUCUUCUCGCACUCUUAUUUUUGCUAUUUCAAAGUCACUCCACUGUAAAUGAAAUAAUGUAUUGGAUUGAUCCAAAUCUACGAAACUUUCAUAUUGAUAUGGAUAAGGAAUAUGCCGUGAAUUGCUCUGACAUUUCCAUAGCCAAAGUUUGGUCUCAUGUUGAUGUUUUUGCUUGGGGUCACUUCUUAGGAUGGAUGUUUAAAGCAAUUCUGUUCAGACAUACGGGCCUACUAUGGGCCAUUUCAAUUAUGUGGGAAAUUACUGAAAUAGCAUUUGCACAUUUACUUCCUAACUUCCUAGAGUGUUGGUGGGACUCCAUAAUAUUAGAUGUCUUAAUUUGCAAUGGUUUUGGUAUUUGGUGUGGUUUAAAAAUAUGUAAAGUUUUAGAAAUGAGAGAAUAUAAAUGGGUCAGUAUAAGGGACAUUUCUUCAACUACAGGCAAAAUUAAAAGAGCUAUUCUUCAAUUUACACCAGUACAAUGGACACCAGUUAGAUGGCUGGAUCCCAAUUGCACUUACAUGCGAUUCUUUGCUUUAAGCCAGUUGGUUGUAUUUUGGCAAAUAUCUGAACUUAAUACUUUCUUCUUGAAACAUAUAUUUGAAAUGCCUCCAUCACACCCUUUAGUGAUUGCACGGCUGUGUCUCAUUGGAGUGAUUGUAGCCCCAUCCGUCAGGCAAUAUUACACAUAUGUGACGGACUCAAGAUGUAAGAGAGUGGGUACUCAGUGUUGGGUGUAUGGAGCUAUCAUGGUAACUGAGUCCAUGCUAUGUAUUAAAAAUGGCAAAGAACUAUUUGGUCAAGCUCAAGUUUGCAAUGUUAUUGUUUGGCUAGUUAUUCAAAUUUUAGUGUCAAUAGGUUGUGUAUAUGGGGUAGUCUUGUACCAUCGAUAUUUUGAGCCGUCUGUAAACUUGAAUGUGGAGACCCCCAAAAAAGACAAACAGAAUUAAAAAGAUAUGACAGACUUGAUAUUAUUAAAAUUAGAUCUAUGUUGUGAUGUUAAUAGCCUAAUGAUUGACUGCUAAAUAUUAUUCAACGUAUUCUAGAGACGCCAAAUAUAAUUUAUUAGAUUUACUAUUAAAUUAUUAUUGUUCUGACUUCUUCCUGUAGAUUUAAUAUUAUGAAAGUCAAGUAUGUGAUACUGCUGGUACUAUGACCAAAGUGUGUUUGGGAUAGUAACUGCUGGCAAUUGUUAUCCAUAAAGGCAUUUUACCUUUGUUUUAAGCUCUAGUCUGAAGUUUAGUUUAAGAUUGUGAUGUCAUUUAAAUGAUUAAUAUCAGACACAAAAACUUUCCAUCGAUGUAAUUUUUGCGUAGCGACUUUAAUUUUAGUAGGUUUUAAUCUAAUUGGUGAAUAGAAAUGAAAUACGGAUUUCUUUUCUCACACUUAAUUGAUGACUUUGAUUUACAUUAUAACAGAUACAAGAGUAUACUGCUGAUCUUGAUAGAAAAGUAUGAAGGAGAUAUGACUUAAUUAUUACUUUUUGAGUUAGUGCGUCUAUCAAAUGUAUAUCAAUUCAAUACAACAUGUCAAGAAGUAAAUUGUUGUUUUAUUGCAAGACAGUCAAACUAAGUUAAAAAAUAAAGAAAUAAAUAUUAAAUGUUUUAUAUCUAAUACUUACAAACAAUUUGCAGAUAACUGUAAUAAAAAAAUAAUAUUGUAUUAUUGUUGCCUUGCAAUUAUACAACUAUGUUUCGCCAAUGUUUCCCAUUAUACUAAUCGUUUCUCAUAAUUAUAUUGCCAUUUAUUAAAUGUAAAAAUUGACGUAAGAAACUUUAUACAUUCAUACAAUUAGUACAUCAAAUACUAUUAAUGGUUUUAGUGAUGUGCCGGAACAUUAAAAUGCAUAAAUGUGGAUAUGAGUUAUUGACAUCGAAUUGCACGGAUAUGGAUCCUAUAUUGUUUCAACUCAAAUUCGAGUCGUUUUUCUAUUCGAUUGGAAGGGUGUGUUAAUUAAUUAUUGUUAAUAUCUGCAAUUUAUUCAUAGAAUGUGAUAGUUAGGUGUUUGUGAUUAAUAUUGAAUGUUUUACUGUCACCCUAGUUUCGAAAGAAACUUCGAAGAUCCUAAUUAUUCGUCCCAUCUCUUGAUGUCUAUGUUGUCUUACCGUGGGUUUCUGACACCAAAAUCUCUGUGUUAAACGUAUCGUCAACCCGUCAUUAUCUUGGAUAACAGAGAGAUAGAUAGCAAUAUGUUUUAAACGGAGAUUUAGGACUCAGAAAACCACGGUUAAUAAUAUAAUCUGUAAUUUUAAUUAAC